AUGGAGGACCUGUCAGAGGCUGGCUUCACGCUGGCCAAGGCGGGGCACCAGCUGGACUACCAGCACUGCCUCACCGCGCUGCGAGCCUACGCGCGUCUGCACGCGGCCUCGGCCAAAGUCCUCGAGGACCACCCCCACUACAAGGUGGUCUACGACCCGAGCAAGUCGGCAGAUGAGCGCCAGAUGCACCUCUUGAAGGAGAUGUGUGACAAAGUGUUCGGCGCCGUGGCCAACGCUUUGAAGCGCUGUCCGGGGCACGAGGAGUACGCCGAAAAAUUUACACGCAUUUCUGACAAGGUCGUCGAGGGGACGAACAAAUUUUGGACGUCUAAGGACGUAUUACUACCCGUCAUUCUACACGUCAACUGUUGGAAAAACAAUUUCAUGUUCAAAUACGUGGACGGCGCUGUUGGUGACUUUAGCAAAGUGCGCAGCCCGGCCGCCGACGUGCAGUGUUUCCUGAACGCCGACGCCAGCGAGCAGCUGCACCGCCAGCACUUCGACAGCCUGGUGGUGGAGUACCACGACGCGCUGCGGCGCACACUGCGAGCCCUGGGAAUGCACCAGCAGGCGAACGCCUACCCGCUGCAGCAGCUGAAGGCCGACAUGGACCGGGCGGCGGUGCUGGGGCUGUUCAACUGCGCGCUGCGCGGACUCCACCCUGGGCACGGAGAGCCACUCCGACCAAGUCGCCCAGGCCUUCAAGAAAUCCGACGAGUCCAGUGCGGCGCUAGCAACCACCUACAGCAAUCCUGA